CUUUCUAGGGUGUGUUUCAUAAAUAAAAGAGCUAAAGUGAGGUUAGGCUGCAGGGUAAAGAAACAAAAUCAAAACAAAGCAAACCCCUCAAAAUUUAUGAAUUAAGCCUCAAUAGGAAAUUUCGUUUCUUGAAUUUGAAGCGGUCAACGUAAAGUACUGUACAGAUGGGAGGACUAUGAAAAAGAGAUCACCACUGCCAUCUCCUUGCUUUGUAAUUUGUAACUACUUAGGGUGACUUCAAGUUAAGUGGGACCGUGAAUAUACAGUUAGUGGAUACCCAACCUGCUUCUGAUGUGUGGGGAAUAGUGAGAAUCGAAAGGCUGAACCGAAUGCGGGUAAAGGAAAAACCUGCCUGCCGGCCGGGAUCCCACAAGGGUCCCCGGGGAAGGAAAUGAGGACGCGCUGCACAACAGGCGGCUAGGAGCUCGCGCUCCGACUCGGUUCCCAGCAGACGACGGCCGGAACCCGGGCUCGACAGGCCGGGGAGGGCAGGGAAAGCUGAGAGAAGGGCGCCCACAGGAAAAUGGCCAGAGGAAACCGAGGCCGACCUCAGGAACUGCGUCGCCCUCCCAGUUAACGCCUAGGCGCCAACGAGAGCGUAGAACAGAAGUGCAGUCAUACUUCAAGAAGACAACUGAGAAGAACACAUUUUCUUUUUGCUGCAGAAGUUGCAAUAGAAGUUUGAAUGCACCGAUGAGUAUUCUUAUCAUUGAAGCAUUCUAUGGAGGCUCCCAUAAACAGCUGGUUGAUCUACUCCAAGAAGAGUUACAAGACUGUGUCCUUUAUACCCUUCCUGCAAAGAAAUGGCAUUGGAGAGCCCGGACAGCGGCUUUGUAUUUCUCUCAGAAUAUUCCCAUCAGUGAGAAUUACAGAAUUCUCUUUGCAAGCUCAGUGCUUAAUCUGACCGAACUGGCUGCUCUUCGGCCCGACCUUGGGAAAUUGAAAAAGAUUCUGUACUUCCACGAAAACCAAUUGGUGUAUCCUGUCAAGAAAUGUCAGGAGAGGGAUUUUCAAUAUGGAUACAACCAAAUUCUUUCAUGCUUGGUGGCUGAUGUUGUUGUAUUCAACUCAGUUUUUAAUAUGGAGUCAUUUCUCACUUCUAUUGGGAAAUUUAUGAAACUGAUUCCUGAUCACAGACCCAAGGAUCUGGAAAGCAUCAUCAGACCCAAAUGCCAAGUUAUUUACUUUCCCAUCAGUUUUCCUGAUGUGAGCAGAUUCAUGCCCAAGCACAAAAUAACCCAUUUAAAGAAGAUGCUCAGCCUUAAAGGAAAUGGCAGUGCUGUGCUAUCCAUGGCCCUUCUUUCACAGCCGGAGCAGAAAAACCCUGAGAAUUUAUUGGAGAAUUUUAAUUCAGUGGACAGUGUAUACUCUGACCUUCAUAUUGCACAGAACAACCUGGAUAACUCAUCAAUACAAGGGUCAGACUUGAAACUUGCAAGCUCCUCAGAUAAUUCAAGAUCUCAUCAUGAAGAAAAUAUACAACAUCUGACUCUUAAUUACUUUGACAGUUUGGGUGGAGUUGAUGAUCAGCAAAGACCAUUGCACAUUGUCUGGCCUCAUAGGUGGGAGCAUGACAAAGAUCCAGAGAGUUUUUUUAAGAUAUUAAUACAUCUAAAGAACUUAGGACUUGUUUUCCACGUGUCUGUCCUUGGAGAAACUUUUACAGAUGUCCCAGAUAUAUUUUCAGAGGCCAAAAAGGCAUUGGGAUCUUCUGUCUUACACUGGGGCUACCUACCCUGCAAAGAUGACUAUUUCCAAGUACUGUGCGUGGCUGAUGUUGUCAUCUCAACAGCUAAACAUGAAUUCUUUGGAGUGGCAAUGUUGGAAGCUGUGUAUUGUGGUUGUUAUCCACUUUGUCCCAGAGAUUUGGUUUAUCCGGAAAUAUUCCCAGCUGAAUAUCUGUAUUCUACACCUGAACAGCUUUCAAAAAAGCUCCAGAAUUUCUGCAAGAGACCAGAUAUUGUAAGAAAACAUCUCUAUAAGGGUGAAAUGGCUCCGUUUUCUUGGGCAGCCCUACAUAGUAAAUUCAGGUCUCUGCUUACAGCAGAACCUAGGGAAGAUUUGUGACAGAUGGGCUAAGUCACAAACUUGCAGCCUAAGGCAGAAUCUGAAGAACUUUCCAGAGUGUGCCCAUAUUUACCUGAUCAGAGAGAAAAGAAAAUCUGCAGAGGAAGCUGAGCCUGGCUGCUUGUCAUAGCUGACACAGAGCCAUCUGCCACAAACCUGUGGCGGCUUCAGAUCUCCAAUCCCUGCCACCACCCCAACUCAAAUUAAAUACAGAUUCCUAGAGACGUUAUGAUGGUUACACAUGUCCUCGGCAUCACAUGUAGGAGACUGUUCAAAAAAAAUAUGUGGCCUGUUGUAUAACUGCACUCAUGUAUCCCAUAUGUGGUGCCACAUUGAAUUUCCGGUUGAAUCCGUUUUUAUCCUUUGUACUGGAUGACAUGGUGCCUGAAUUCUUUCUUUUCGCCGACACGAUGGCAGCCAAACUGCAGCUUCAAACGCUCACACUUGGCUGGGUUUCUACCUAGGUUGCCAGGUUAUCAUCGGAGCCUUCUUGUGUCCUCAAAGGGCCACAGGGCCCGAAAGGAGGAUCAGGAUGCUACCAGACUAAUUGGACAGCCAUCUCAGAACUGUUCGUGGGCAAAGGACUGCUUUAGCACUUUUCUUUUAGCAAAUUAAUGACUCUCUGACACAGGAGUUUUAAGUGAAGGUAUUAAUAAGAGAUCUGGCAGGUAUUCCCAUGAUUCACAGAGUUACAUUUGCAUUUAAUUAAUCCUAAAGAAAGUUGCAAGAUAAACAGCUGUAAUUCAGACGAACAUGGCAAAUACAGUCAGUGGAAGCAUCUCUCCUAUCAAAUGAACACUGAGAUACUUUUUUUUUUUCAUUUUUUCCCAGGAAUAAAAAUAGAGAGAUCAAAAUACGUCUAAUAAAGCCCAUAAUUUUGAUAUAAAUAUUCUUGAAAUAUAUUUGCAUCCUGCUGCAAAUAAAACCUUUUCAAGAUAAAUCACUUAUGAUUCCAAUAAUCAGACUGCUGUAUUUGUUGAUAUAAGAUGUUUUGAACAGCUAGAUUAUAAAAUAAAAUUUUAAUAAAGUGCCCACUGCAAUUUUUAAUUAGCAUAUUCAUUUACGUAUAAGCGUGUACAUCUCUCUGUAUGUUUCUCACUGAAUGUUUUCCAUGUGUCAGAGACAGCGAAUACAAUUGUUUCUUUUCUGGAUGAACAAGGAUCUGUUUUGCAAAUGUUUGUAAGAUAUUAUGACAUUUCCAAGAUUUUCUUUGCAUUCUGGAAAGCAGGAGGUAAACAUUUGUAGUCAUUAAGGUAAAGUCUGUUGAUAAACCAUCUUCUGUUUACUGACAGGUAAAUUGUAACUUUCCUAGCUCUUCAAAUGAAAUAAGUUCUCUACACCACAGAGUGAGAAUCAGCCAGGGAGAGGUGGGUAUACAAACGGCAACCCUGGCUCUCAGGCUUCUCGAAGGACUGAGUAGUCUAGCAAGCUUUGGAGAUGGAAUGGGCAGUGGCCCUGAAGUCCAGUGGGAUCCAUCUGAGAGGUAGCAAAAUCCAAAACAGGAGACAGAGAUUAGGGAGCCAGACAUAACCCUUGGGGUAAAGGAGGUCUUGCAGAUAAAAGCAAGCAGACGUUCAGAAUCUGUGAAGCCUGGAAAUUUCAAAACAGAAAGCCAAAGAAGAAGAAACAAACAAUUCUUUUGCUGUUCUCCCCACCCAAUCCUUAGUGUAGGAUGGGCCUUCUAGUCUUUGCUUACUGGAAAGUCAUUGAACAAAUUCCUACCUUCUCACUCACAUAUCAAAGGGCUUCGUAACUAUUUCAGAAGUCACUUCCUGUCCAAGUCUGUGGACCUUGGGUUGUGGCAAGGGAGCACCAUUUGAGAACAGAACUAAAGAUAUGAGUAUGAAUAAAAUGUUUGUAAACACUUCUUUUGGGCAAGGUUAUACUUUAAUACCCUCUAGUAAAAUAAACCAAUCAGAAAUGUGCUGUAUCAUAGUCUUCUAUUAUCUUCUCAAGAUAAUGUAAAUCUCACAGCCAAGUCAAGAUAUUUAAGUUUUACUGUGUUUUUGUAUCCUGAAAAUAGUGGGCUCACAUUUUGUCAUAGAUAAGAUCUUAUAAAUAUAACAGCUAUCCAUAUGUUUUCUUGCUAACUGGUGAGCAAAAAACCCAUUUAAUUUCUUUCAGAGACUACAUCUAAAACAUUAAAAUUUUUUUCUAAUUUUGGCAAAUGUAAUGUUGAAAGUUCCCUUUGUAUGAGUUUUCUCCUACACCCAUAUUCAAAUAAAUUGUUUAUUUCAGCUGUGCCCAUCAUUGUUUCCAGGAUAAAAACUUGCGUGAACGUUGUUCAUGUUGACGGGUUUGGUAUUAGUGCAUGUAAGCAACAAAAUGCUUUGUAAUCAUACAAUUCUAACACUUAAAAAGGUAUAACUGUGUCUCUCGUGUGUAUGUGUGCAUAGACCUCUCAAUAUCCAG